AUGGCCGCCGACGACUGGCGCUACGCGAUCAACCGCCGCGAGGCUGAUGAGCGCGGCUACGCCAGCGAUAACCGGAGGUCAGCUUGGGUACAGUGGGGAGCGGGCCGAAACUCCGCGUCUGCCCACCGUGGCGAGGAUGGUCUUCGUCCCUCCGGCGCGCGUCCGCCGCAGAAACGUCGACACGGAGCAGGUGAUCUCCCCAAACCUGUCCAUUUUGUCUCGGCGGCCGUUUCGUCGUCCGAUGAGCAUGGGGAUUCUCGUAAUCUCGCAUCGUCCUCGUCUGUGGAUCCGGCUCGGCAGGCCACGUCGCCGCCGCCGGAGCCGGGGAGCCUUGCGUCCAACGCGGUGGUGGCGCAGAUGAUGAAGCGCAUGAACUACAAGGAAGGCAGCGGCCUCGGGAGGCACGGACAGGGGAUCAUCGCUCCCAUCGAGGUGGCCCUCCGCCCCAAGAAUGCCGGCCUCGGCAGCGUCGAGAGAUCCAUCAUCGGUGGAGCGGACGGGCUUCCACCACCCAGCGACGAAAACUGGUCCAAGUGGGACGAAGCCGGAGGAGCAAGGAAACGGAAGCGCGAUCGGGACGUCGUCGACGACAAGAUCCUAGCCAGACGUCUGGAGGAGAGCGCCGCCGAGGCCGUCGUGCGUGUGCAGAAGGCACUCGCGCGGGUGGCACGGUGGUCGUCGACGUCGAGUGGCCUGCUAGGAGACCUGAGACCCGGGGACGAGAUGCCGGCGGCCGCGAUCACCAAGGCCAUGAAGUGGGUGCAGGAGCAGAGCGCGUCGGGGACGCUCACGACUGGCGAGCUGAUCCGCAAGUUCGCGGCCUUGAAAGAGAAGUGUCCCCGGGAGUACACGACUUACCAGAAGAGAAGUACCGCAUGGGGCAACCCUGACACCAGCCGGCUUUGGUUGAUCCAGCCAUCCAGAGUGUACAUACAGUUACCAAAAGAUAAAUACAGGAUGGAGCAACCACUGACACCAGUUGACUUUGGUUGA